UAUCUGUUGCCAAAUUGUACGGUGCUCGGCACACGGUGGGGCCCUCGGCUAGUCCGAGGCUAUCAACCGUUGGGGGAGCCCGGCUCCAUCCAUGCACAACUUCGUGUGCGACUGCAGAGACUGCUCCAAAUAGAACCACUCUGGCUACCACAAAGAAUCCCCGGAUCUGGGAGCCCCCUUCACCUGCAACCUGGAGCAGAACUCCUGUGGCUGGUGGGACAUCAGCAUCUCAGCCUACCACUGGCUGUGGAACCGGGCCGGGGCAGCCGUCGUCGGGGGGCCGGCGCCCCGCUCUGACCACACCUGGGGUACCGACCUGGAUAAGGACGAACAUUUCCGGGCAGGGGGCUAUGGGCGGGAGGCCGGCGCCCCAUUCUGACCUCACCUGGAGCAUCCACCUGGGCUGGUACAUGGUGAUAGGGGCUCACCGUGAGAAGGAUGCGACGACGGUGGUCCAGCAGACAUCGACAGUCCAUGAGGCGGCCCCCGCCUGCGAGAUGCACCUCUGGUACCGAGGCUGGGGAGAAGGUGAAGAAACCCCGGACCCUGGGGAGCUGCUGGUGGAGGUGACCCAUGGGCAGGAGACCCUGAUGCUGUGGCAGAGCACCAGCCCUGUCGGGGACUUCUGGAAAGAACUGGUGGUGCCUAUGGGCCGGGUGCCGGGCAGUUUUUGGGCCCAGUGCCCGCAAGGCCACUUCUGCUGUGCCCGGAGAGCCUGCGUGGAGCCUGACCUGGUGUGUGACGGGGAAGAUGAUUGCGGAGACAGGUUGGAUGGGGAUAAGGAGGAGGAAGCAUCUCACUCUGCCACUGGCAUGGUGACAGACUUGGAGGACUUCGAGUCUGGGCUGGAGCCGUGGGAGAUUGCCCAGGGCUGGGUCUUGAGCAACGGUUCUACGGCAUCGGGCCUAUCAGCCCAGCACCGGAGGGACCACGGCAAGAACAGCGUCACGGCUGACCUUCUAUUAAUAUCUGCACGGUUCAGAGGAGGGCAGCCUCCUCCUCUUCCAGCAGCCCUUGACCCCGAUCCCCAUGUCCGCCCCCAAGGCCCUGGCCUGCUUCCCGUUCUGGAGCCGGGCAGGAGACCUGGGGGUGGCCUGGGUCAGCGAUGUGGUUCAGAUUUGAUCCAAUCUGCCCUUCCAGCGGAAGACCCCUGCAGUCCUGGCCAGUUCGCCUGUGACGACCGGUGCCUCCGGAAUGAACAGCGUUGCGACUUCAUCGCUCAGUGUACUGACAGCACUGACGAAGAGGGCUGUGGUCACUUCCUGAGUCUGCAGAAGGCACUGGGGAAGCUGUUGGGCCUGGCCUGGGCACAUACCCUUCCGCUGGGUCCCUCUGGCCCGGACUGCACCCUCCGCCUGGCCUACUUCCUCCAGAGCGGCCCCGGAGCCGGGCAGAGCUGUCGUGUAACUUCGAGAAGGGCCCCGUGUGGCUGGUACCCACAGCGGAGGAGUGAUGUGGUCUACAACCAUACCAUGGGCAAAGGCUACUUCAUGUACCUGGAUCCCACGGCCCCGUCAGCUCGGGGGCCCAGAGUCCACCUUCUCACUGCCUUCCAGGGACCCUGAGCCUACUGCUGAGACGGCCCGGCCAGCCAGACACCCGGCUGUAGGCCAGGGUGGGCACUCACGGCAACCGCUGACACGAGGGCUGGGCCACUUUCCACCACCCUGAUCUGACCAGCCAAUUCCAGCUGGUGUUUGAGGCAGAGAGGAACGCUUUCCACGGCAACAUGGCCCUGGACGACAUCACCAUGUGGCCUAGCCCCUGCUGGGCUCCCAGGCGCUGCUCCUUCGAGGACUCGGACUGCAGCGACCCCAGGAGGCUCAGUACGGUGUCAUGAACGCUCGAGCUCCCGGGGCCAGUCGGAGAGGCUACCCCUGCUCACCAGCCCACUGUACCGGCCAUCGGCUACAGGCUGCCAGGGCACUACAUGGUGGUGGACACAAGCCUGAAUGCGCUGCCCCGGGAGCGAGGGGCCACCAUGAUGUCCAAUGAAAAUGCCCCCCUGCCCCAGCCCAGCUACCUCAUCUUCUGGUACCGGAUGAGCCCCCUCAAGCCCGGUGGUGUUUGAAGCUGUGGGGACAGGCCAGGAACACUCGUACAUUGCUGUGGAUGACCUUUAUCUGCAGGACGGUCCCUGCCCCCAGCCAGAGGAGAUCCCACGGGCAUCAUCGGUGGCUAUGGGGGUGGCCGGCACCAUCCUGGCCACGGUGCUCCUGGGGCUGGUCGUGGUCGGGGGCCGGCACUGGAUCAAGCAGAAGAAGGGGGCCCCGAUUGCGAGGAAGAGCGUGGAGAUAGUUGUGGCCCCAGGCUUCGAAAUCGUCGUCUUCAGUGAGGACUGUGUCACCCUGCCAUCAGUAAUGGGAGACCAGUAGGCACCGGCGCCACCCCCAUUCAUCCAAUCUGCUCCCGGCUAGCUCUGGCAUGCUCCAGAUUCCAAGGAAAACCAGUGAUGGCCCUGUAGGCGUUGCAACCUUUUAAACUUCCAGGAGUGUUAGGAAACUCCCCGAUGCCUCCUCUGAGAGGAAUGCCCUCUUCCUCCACACCACCCUUAGCAUCCGCGUCCUCAGGACAUACAGCCCGACUUUGAUGCCCAAUGGCUGAGAACUGUUCUUUGGGGGAACGCUCCUCCUUUGAUUUGAAUGAAUAAUUUAUAAUUGGUGCCCUGGAAGUAAAUAUGAUUGAUUGAA